AUGCUGCGGACCGGAGCACCAACCGGGGACUUAACCCGGACCGGAGAAGUCCACACCGGGCACAAGAGGGUGAAACUUCAGGAAAGUACGUUGACUCGUAUGCCUAACAUUUCCUUCAGGAUGGAACUAGAAGAACCUCCGCUUGUUCUGGCUGCUGCAAACGUGGUGAGGACUAUCACGUAUAAAUAUCGGGAGGACCUGUCUGCACAUCUCAUGAUAGCUGGCUGGGACCAACGUGAAGGGGGCCAAGUAUAUGGAACCCUGGGAGGAAUGCUGACCCGACAGCCCUUUGCCAUUGGGGCCUCUGCAGCUAUUGCUCUGGCCAUGAGCCGGGAUGGCUCGAGUGGGGGUGUCAUCUACCUGGUCACCAUUACAGCUGCUGGUGUGGACCAUCGAAUAAUCUUGGGCAAUGAACUGCCAAAAUUCUAUGAUGAGUGAAUCUUCCUCAGACUUAAUUUCCUUAUUUUUUAAUAAACUAUUUGAGAACAGAA